UGUCUAAGUUAUUAUCGUUGUAAAGCGUGAUAAUCCCCGCUCGCCGGGCCGGGGCGCCAGGCUGCGUCAGUGAGAUCGCGCCCCUGCCACUAGCGCGGUUGUAGACGGUUGUAUAUUCGCAUCGUUGAUCAAUAAGGAACAAUGUAUCCGCGAGACGGCCGCGGCCCGCUAGCUGACAGUUGACCCGAUCCGCGCCUGCGCCCUAGCGCCCUUCCUUGUUAUAGUGUGUCGUGUAGAACAGAAUGCUGUCGCCCCAAUUCAAUUUCCCGCCGGAGAGUUACUCCGCUGUGUUUACAGUCAGCGGUGAUGUGGCGAAUGCUAACGUAAACAAAGUAUCAGACAUUGAAACAAGAGCAGCAUCACCGGACUCAAUUCUACAACAACCAUCAGCUUCCCUUCUAAAUUGCUUUGAUUGUGCUUUCCGGAACAGCGUUAAAAUCCUUCGCAAAGAGAAAAAGCCUAGAAAACCAAAGGUUGCUUGCAAGGAUGAAGAACGCUGGCGUGUUAAGAGUGAGGGUGCUUUGUUCAAACGCUGGAAGCGUAAUAACUCUUCCGCGGAGAACACCUCCCCUGUUCCACCAGUAUCAGCCAGCCCAGCAUCGCAACCGUCAGAUCUGCUCAAAUUCUUAGCAAUCAAUGCACUAGAGCUUUCAGCACCGGCAUCUGAUGCUUUGUUGAAAUCACGUUCCUCGGAAUGGUUUCAAUUGUCGGGACACCCAGGUUCCCUAGCACCUGCUGGCCCUGGAACAGUUUGGAAACGUCGCGCAGCGGGUGACCGUCCUGGACACAACCCUGAGCGCGACGCUUACGAAGCCCUCGCAGCAUGCCCCCACAUGCGCACCGCGAUACCCCGCUAUUACCGUGAUUUGGAAUAUGACGGUGAACACUUCAUUGAACUGCAAGACCUCCUUCACGGGUUCCGUGAUCCACAUGUUAUGGAUGUUAAAAUGGGAACCCGGACAUUCCUCGAAGAUGAAGUUAGUAACGCUCGCGCCCGACAAGAUCUUUAUGAGAAAAUGGUACGUGUAGACCCCAAUGCACCCACUGAAGAAGAGCACGCCGCUAGAGCGGUCACCAAACUGCGAUAUAUGCAGUUCCGUGAGCAGUGCUCAUCAUCAGCCCAGCAAGGCUUCCGCAUAGAAGCUGUUAAAGUCCCCGGCCAGCCUCCACUUACUGACCUUCAAAAAGUACGUGAACCGGAACAACUUAAGGCUACUGUUGCUCGGUUCCUCGGUAACGAUAAGCGCGCCCAACGCGCCAUAGCAGCUCGAUUGCGCGAGAUAAGAAGUCUAUUUGAAAAAUCUGAAUUCUUCCGGGAACAUGAGAUUGUUGGCAGCAGCAUUUUUAUAAUCUACGACGAUGAACGCGUGGGAGCCUGGCUGAUAGACUUCGCAAAGACGCGUCGCUUGCCGAAAGACGUUAAAGUAACACAUAGAGAAGAAUGGCAGCAAGGUAACCACGAAGAAGGUUUCUUGUAUGGAUUAGAUAGAUUAAUAAAUACCAUAGAGGCAGCAGAACUCUCCGAAACAAUAAUUGAACCGGACGUAUCACGCUGAAUAAUCGGACCGGGGAAAUUGGACUUGUUCCUCGGUUUCUGAACCGUUUGCUUGGCUUAAGUGCCCUAGUGCCAUGAUGCCAUCUGCUGACGCCAAAGUUGAGGUCAGAGAUGUACAGAAGAACCUUCGUGUUUGUUUAUAUGAAAGAGAUUUCGAUGUAUCACCCAAUAAUUUGUUCUAGUCCUUAAAUAUAUUAUUAAUUAUAAUUAUAAAUUUAA